AUGAUAAAUAAAAUCCCGUUGUUGUUAUUGUUAACUGCGCUAUGCUUAAAAGCUUCAUGUGCUGGUCGAUCCAAUUUUUAUAAUUUGUUGUUUGAUAUUAUUAAUAAAGAUGGUCAAAAUAAUGCGAAUAAAACAUCUAAAAGAGCAGAAGAAAUGACACUGGAUGAGUUAGGCAUAUCAAGAGGGUCAUGUCAACGCGAUUUUACGACACUUAUAUUUUUAGAAAGUUCUGAAAUAUGUUAUGCCGAUGAUGAAUUUAUUCUACAUUUACUACCAGCAGUAACAUCAGCUGGUUCCCGUAAGCCUCCGAUAAUGGUUAAGUGUUUGAAUGAACAUCCGCUCGUAGAAAAAGGUUUAAAUAAACUACGUAUGAUGAAUAGCGUACAAGAAAUUGUAGAUUUACUUAAACCCAUUGGAAACAAUACAAAACGGUAUGAAACUGGCAGCUGUGUAUUGGUUUAUUUCUACACGCCUACAUGUUUAGCUUGUACAGUGUCCGCAUUGCCGAUUAAUGCUUUGCCACAUGCGUUCAAAACCUUGCCAGUUGCUGCUGUAGAUGCGUACAAAUUUCCAAGCUUUAAUGCGGAAUUUGGAAUUGUCGGCUUGCCAACUUUAAUGCUAUUUCAUCAAGGACGACCUAUAGUAAAAUAUCGCGCCGAAGUAAAAUUUGACACAUUUGUUACGCGUCAUACGGGUCUGAAACCUACAGAAUUUCCUAAAUAUUUCGCACUUACACCUUUGCUUGUCAACGUGGAGCAUCAAACGGAUUACGUGUUAGUACUUGCUUGGGUGUUCCUAUUUGCAUGUUCCUCUUAUUAUUUUUCAAAGUCACGGCUCUAUAUACAGAUUAUAGAAAUGGUUAAGCGGAAUUGGCGCGAAUCAGAAGCACAAUUGGAGCGAAAUUGAUCAGCGUUAUUAUAAAAGAAUUGAUAUUGUACAUCUCAUAGAAAAGUUAUUUAUUUAUGAAUAAAACUUUGCAAUCUGGU